AUGGAAGUGUUUGAGUAUAUCAGCCUCACCAUAGCUGGGCUUAUUCUGCGCAUUGCCAUCAGCGACAAGGCUCUCAUCAAGGAGGGUGAACUGAAGUGUGCUUCAUUUGACGGGAAAGCUUCCGUUCUAUUCAAAAAGCUUGGACGCCGGAAACCAGAGUCACUCUACCUAAUCCUCUUUGAUGACCUCCUCAUGGUGACCAAGCGUAAAAAAAAUGACCGGUACUUGGUGCAAGACUACUGUGCGCGCAGUAAGAUCUAUGUAACGAUUGGCAGCCCUGUCGAUCUGAGCACCUGUGCCACAACCGCAGGCAAAGCAACUCAACUUUCUAGUGGUAGCGGUGCCGGCAGCAGUAACCAACCCUCAUCCACUCUCUCCCCCAUCUCCAUUCCGCGGUCUCUCACUAUGGGUGUACCUAAAGCAAGUGAGCACCAGCAGACGACAGUGGCUGUCGGGGAGGUUGGCGCUUCGGCUUCUGCUAACGCCAGCUGCGACGACAUCAGUGCCUCCCAGUCCUCCUCCGGGUCGCCACCUCUUUCACUUGGUUCCUCUCCCAAACCCGGUUCGGCCUUCAGUUUGCGUCGUUCAGGAAGCAGUCUCAGUUCCAGAUCCAUGCCCGUGGGCGGCGGCGGUGCAGGACAUAUUAACCGAAACCUGCCACUCUUGCUCUAUGUGUACUUGGGUGAAGGCCAAAAUGGUACCGGCAGUGAGCUCUGCUUUGCACCAACCGAGAGGUAG